AUGUCAACAUCUCCUCCAAAACAACCUGUUGUGCAAGAACCAAAAGAGCGACGUUCGUCUCUUUCGCAAAUGCUCGGACGACGUACAUCGGUUGAAGACGCUUUUAAACGUUAUCAAGGAUACACUGUUAAUGGAGUACAUCAGCCAGUAUCCACAAUGCAAUUGCUGCUUGUCAUAAUUGCUGCUGUGAUAAUCGCUUCCACUGAUGGUGUGCCACCACCUCCCCCAGACUAUGAGGAUCUCGGUCCCCCACCACCUCCACCAGAGGAUCUCGGUCCCCCACCACCUCCUCCAAAGAAUCUCGGUUCGGCCCCACUUAAUGCUGCCCCUCCACCAAUUACUGUCACUGCUUGGCCG